CUGAAACCUACAGCACUCUUCAUUAAACAGUUGCCAAGAUGAAUUCUCCUGAGCCUUCUCAACGUCCUGACAAGUUUACCAUCGCUCUGUUUGGAGAGAAAGCUGGUUUUGUGAGAAAGAUUGAUAAUAUAAUUCUCAAAGGAACCAACCCUGCAGUGACAAAUGUGAACAACUUUGUUGAGAGAGAAAAUGACCUUUACAGAAUCAUCAGCACUGCUGAUUUUUUUGAUGAAAAAUGUCAUCAACAAGACAAGCUGAUUAUUGAUUUCAUGGCACUUACUGAUCCUGGGCCUCAUCUGUUCAUACUGGCAAUCGAUGCAGAAAACGACCAAGAAGAUCAUGUUCGGGCUCAAAUACUUAAACUUAAAGAUAUCUUUGGAGCUAAUGUCACACAAAAUUUAGUUAUGAUCUUAGAAAACAAAAAGAGCCAUGGUUUACUGGAGAAUGUGAAACAAAUGUUCUAUAUCAAGAUGGAAAUUGUGGAUGAAACUAUGACUGUUCAGUGUAAGGAAUGGUGUUUACACAAGUCAUUCCGGUUUGACUACAACAGCUGCAGUAAGGAUGUUGUGGAACAGCGGAAAAAUGAUCUGAAACACACAAGAAACACAAAGGUUCCACCUUAUAAUCCUGCAAGCAAAGAGGCAAGGAAUCAAAGCACAUCCAUCUCAGAGCAGACUGCCCCACCAGCAGAGGCACCUGGACAAGACAAAGGAGCAACUGAUCAAAAUACACCCAGCUCAGAGCAGCCUACCACACCGGCAGAAAAAGCACAUGUACAAGACAAAGGAGUCAGUACUCAAAGUACAUCCAGCUCAGAACAGCCUGUCCGAACUGCAGAAGAAGCAGCUGUACAAGAGAAGGGAGCAAGUAAUGAAAAUACACCCAGCUCAGAGCAGACUACCAAACCAGCAGAAAAAGCACUUGUGCAAGAAAAGGGAGUCAGUAAUCAAAGUCCAUCCAGCUCAGAACAGACUGUCCUACCUGCAGAAGAAGCAGCUGUACAUGAAAAGGGAGCCAGGAAUCACAGUACAUCCAUCUCAGAGCAGACUGACCCACCAAGAGGAAAAGGACCUGGAAGAAACAAGGGUAUGCUUCAGAAAACUACAUCUAAUUCUAAAACUGAGAGGGGCAGUGAUGCAAAGGAAGAUAUCAUAUUUAACAUCAUUCUGCUGGGACAAACUGGGACUGGGAAGAGUGCAACUGCAAACACCAUCCUGGCUGCUGGGAAGCACCACAAGGACAAAGGCCAGGGUUUUGAAGCGAAGCCGAGCUCCAUACCAAUCACCACCGAGUGUAAGGACAAAAUAGUAGAGAUAUAUGGAACAAAAGUUAGACUGGUUGACACCCCAGACUUCUUUUAUGAAGAUAAACCUACAGAGGAGGCACAAGUAGAGGAGUGUAAGAAGUACUGUCAGGAAGGGCAGUGUGUGGUGUUACUUGUGAUACAGUUGGGCAGGUUCACAGAUGGUGAGAGAGGAAUAUUAGAGAAACUGGAAGACAAGCUUGGCUGGAAAAUCAGGAAAAACACAAUUGUCUUAUUUACACAUGGAGAUGAUUUGAAAGGCACAGUGGAACAGUUUAUCGGCAACAGGAGUUAUCUCAAGUACAUUGUGGAAUCUUGUAACAAUCGUUACCAUGUAUUCAAUAACAACUCCAAGGAUACUAAACAGGUCAGGGAACUCUUUGAUAAAUUUCAUGAAGAAAGCUUCUUAAACUCAAAACCACAUUCACAGUGCCAUUUAUUCUAGCUACUGCUGAUCCAGGGGUGUGAAGUGUAAUUUAUUGAUGGCAUGUGAACUAUUUUUACAUUAAACCUAGAUAUCAUGAUUUGCCAUUUUGUUUCAUCUUGAAUAUUUAGCCAAACUGAAUGGAAUUAGUAAACGAUGUAUAAUUUUUCAUAAGACUGCUAAAGACGGUGAUACAACUUCUAGCUCUUAUGUAUGUAUAUGAAAUAGUGCAGUCAGUUAUAAAGACUAACUCUAAAAGACUUAGAAACAUGUUGAGGAGGGCUUGCUGUGAAAUUAAAGUGGUGACUAAGCAACAUACAGAUAAAAUGUUUAUGAAUAAAUUGAAUACAUUUUUGAUUUUAUACCUAUUUUUUUCUGUGACUGAUGUUUGGACAACACAAAAGACUUCAAACAGGAAAUGCAGUGAAAAAUAAAUUAUACAAAACACUCACGUAGCCUUAACACAUGUUAAAGCUAUAAUAUGCUUCUACUUAUUCCAUUACUGGCCCAUUAGGGUGUUCUCGAGAGUUUGUUGAAAUGAGCAUUGGGGAAGCUUCAAACUUCUACUUUCCACUGUGUAAUCAUAUGAAAAGUUGUAGCUUUUUAUGUUUGUAGCCGGAUAAUUCAAAUUCAUCAGAUCUGACUGUUAUCCCUUCCAUAUCACAUCUACAUCAGUGCUUUUUCUCUAGCUCAGUGAAUUCCUCUCUAGUCCCUAAAUGGAUCUUUCAGGCCAAAGCCGUCUUCUAAAAAUACAUGGGCAUCUGGUAUUCUAAUGACAGCUUGUUUUACUAAACAAUAAAUGUACCAACAGCAUACAGAAUACAUGGGCUAAACACAAAUAAAAGUUAUUAUUCAGAGGACAAAGGUGACACCUGGCAGUUUGUAAUUUGCAGAUGUUUGUAGAUUUAAACAUACAUUCAUUUUCUCCUCUGAAUGGCAAUGACUGUAGUAUUGUAGAAAAAAAGUCAUCAAUAUAUAUAUUAUCAUUUGGCAUUAAUUUUCUC